GACAGCUGCGAAGUUGCAUGUUCAAAACAGAGGGCCGACUGUGUACCAAAAUUACGGCGCGCAUCGAGAACCAACCCUCCCUCCACCUGACGCGAGGCAACCGCACCUUGCUUCUCGUCACCCGCUUCAACCUUGCCACAUAUCAACUGACCAGCCACUAUCCGCGCGACCGUCAUAGCACAGCAUUCCCAAUCCACAUCCGCGAACACUUCCUCUACGACGCCUCGUCCACCUGCGCCGGCCGACGGGGCCCUGCUCCUUGCCUUGCCGAUUUUGAUUCCGGUUUUCUUGAGUCGCAGGCACGACGCCACGGCCAUGGAGAGCUCGGAGAACCAAGUUGCGCAGCGAAACCCCAGCGCGCUGCCUAAGCCGAGCGCUCGUACGGCUACGAUGUCUGAAUGGACCGAAUCCCAGCAAAACUCCCGUGUCCAGACGGCCAUUCCAGCUCCGCCAAGCUCCAAGAUGGGGUUCAAGAGGGAGAUACCGCAGCCCACACAUCUGCCUGAACCCAAGCGGAAGCACACCAUCCCCACACCCACGACAUAUUCCUCAAAGACGCUCAAGCCGUCGCAAGCAAGAUCGGGUGUGCAAGGAAGCUCCUUGGUGGAGAUGGCAAAGCCAAAGGGUACUCCGGCCCUGUCGACGAGCAGCUUCGGGAAAUCCCUUGGUCUCAGCCGUGUUGCGCCACUCGAUCGAUCUACAAACGCGACUUUCAGAGCCUCGGGCCACCCAGUCCAUGGUCGCUCAAGGUCACAGAUCCAGCGGCCCCAAACCGCCCACGGGCAUCAUGACGGCGAGCAUCGAGGGGACCCGUCCACAAGCACCGGUAUGCCUCCCUCGAGCCAUCUCCGAAAGCGACCCAGCCUCGACCCGGUCCAAGUUUCCAAAGUCAGGGAGACCAAGAGCAAUCAGCUGUUGUUUGGAGCAAGGGAAAGUUCUCUGGAGGCCGAGUUUUGCGAUUUGACAAUCGAUGGGUCCAAGCCCACGUCUCGUUCAAUCGAGCGUCAAGUCGCAACCCGACCAAGCUCGCAAGUAGCGAUGCGCUCCACGACAACCGCGAGUUCGACAGAUGCGCCUUGUUCGUUAGACGAAAGGCAGCGUUCGGUGGCAACACGGGUUGCCUAGCAUGUGCCCAAGACGCCGACCGACAAGCAGUUGGAACGUCAGCUCCAGUUGGUUGAGCAUUCCAUGUCCAAGAUUGCGGCUGCCUCUCCCUCCCGAUCUCCCUCCCAAAAGAAGUUUCUGAAUAAGAGUUCUAACUUGACUGCCUACGCAGCCUGGGACGUUGACGGGCGAGUCGUCACAAUGGAAACACAGUUCAAAGAACUUCAAAAUAUGCUCAACACGACGCUCGCCCAGCGGAAGGGAGAAGACGAGGCAUUAGAACAGGCUAAAAGGAGAGUGUCAGAUUUGGAAGAGAAUCGCAGAAAGCUUGACGAGCGCAACGAGCAGCUCAAAGACGACCUCGAUGUGGCGAGAGAAGAGAAGCGACAGCUGCAACACGACAUGGAAAAACAACGAUGGGAGCACGCCCGCGCUGUCGACGACAUCGAGCGACGGCACCGCGAAACGACAGAUGACCUCUCGCGGCAGCAUCGGACGGCAGUCGACAAUCUCACUCGCGAGCUAGGUCAGCUCAAGGACCAAGAAACCAAGGAGCACCAACAGCGGCUGGACGCCUUGACGCGUCACUAUCAGCAAGAACUGGAGGAUGAGCGUCUCCGGAGGGAUCGCGAGGUGCAGGAGGUGAGGACACGAAUGAGCAACGAGUACCACGACAUGGAUAUGGCGCUUCAACGAAAGGACCGCGAAGUUCAAGAGAUGCGAGUAGAUGCCAACAACACACAGGCAGAGCUGGAUCGUGAGAAGGCGCUACGGAACAACCUGCAGGCCAGCCUCGCGGAGCUUUCCGCAUCCAACACGACGCUCGAGGCCAAGAUCAACUCGCUGAAGUCUCACAUUGAGUUUCUCGAGUCCGACAGCAAAGCUCAGUCCGAUUCGUUUUCCAGCAUGGAAGCGCGGCUCCAGGACGCGCUGCGAGUCGCCGAUGAAGCCAGACAGAAGCUCAUCAAGGAGGAGACGGAGCGCCGCGUCUUGUUCAAUAAGUAUCAAGAGUUGAAGGGCAAUAUUCGCGUCAUGUGCAGGGUGCGACCUGCGCUCGAUGGGAGUGAAGGCGAGGAGGCCAGAAUAUCAUUUCCCGAUGACAAGACGUCGGCCGAAAUCGUCUUGGCAGGACCCGAGGAGAGAAGCAGCUUGGGGGCGGUGUCGAGGAAGAACUACCCCUUCGAAUUCGAUAGGGUCUUCACGCCCGAGAAGCAAAACGAGGAAAUAUUCGACGAGAUCUCGCAGCUCGUGCAGAGCGCGCUGGACGGAUACAACGUAUGCAUAUUUUGCUAUGGUCAGACCGGCUCCGGCAAAACAUACACCAUGUCCUCAGACGACGGCAUGAUUCCGCGAGCCACGCACAUGAUUUACGACACCAUGACGAAGCUUAAGGAGAAAUCAUGGGAAUACACCAUGGAGGGCUCGUUUGUGGAAGUCUACAACGAAGACCUGCAUGACUUGCUGACGCCUACCGACCGCAACUCAUCCGACGGCAAGGCCAAAAAGCUCGAGAUACGGCACGACGAGGCCCGCAAGCAGACAAUCAUUGCCAAUUGCAAGUCGGUACAACUCAAUUCUGCAGCCAGCGUGGAGAAGAUACUCAGAGAGGCGCAAAGCAACCGCUCGGUGGCGGCAACCAAGGCCAAUGAGCGGUCAUCACGAUCGCACAGUGUUUUUAUCCUCAAGCUGGUCGGGGAAAAUUUGGCGACGGGGGAACGUUGCGAGGGGACCUUGAACCUUGUGGACUUGGCUGGCUCCGAGCGGCUCAAGCACUCGCAAGCCGAGGGCGACCGGAUGAAGGAGACGCAGAACAUCAACAAGAGCCUCAGUUGCCUCGGCGAUGUCAUUGAGGCGCUGGGGAGGGGCACGGGACACGUUCCCUACCGCAACUCGAAGCUAACGCAUCUGUUGCAGUAUAGCCUCGGGGGCAACAGCAAGACGCUAAUGUUUGUCAUGGUCUCACCACUCGAGACGCAUCUGAAGGAGACUCUGACUAGUUUGAGGUUUGCCACAAAGGUGCACAAUACCCACAUUGGCACUGCGAAGGCAACAAAGAGGAUCAAGUCGGCCGACUCAUGAGAGCUCUGUCCCAUGUCCACAAGGGAGGCGACAUAGCAUGGACUGUACGAAUCUGUUUGUAGCGUAGCGGUGCGUUGCUCGUUUGAGCAAUUGAAGAAGAGUAUUGAGCUAUACAUAUGACCCCGUCUCUGACAGCAGCUCAGCAGGUGGCACUACCCUGUAUCUAUAAGUUUUCGCACAUGUAGGGGGUUGCUUGAGUCCUUGUCGUUUACCUCGACCUGACAAUGCAGAGCGCUCAUCGAGCGCUGAAAUGUAACGAAAGUGAGGGGCCA